GUCCAUGCUAUGAAUUUAUUCGAUUUCCGUUCUAUUUGGUUUCCUUCUUUUCUUGCACUUCUCUCGGAGAGCUGUAAAAAUGGGACGCCGACCGGCAAGAUGUUAUCGCUACUGUAAAAACAAGCCUUAUCCGAAAUCCCGUUUUUGUCGUGGUGUUCCGGAUCCCAAAAUACGCAUAUUCGACUUGGGAAGGAAGAAGGCCACCGUAGAAGAUUUUCCCCUUUGCGUUCAUUUAGUUUCUGAUGAGUAUGAACAACUGAGUAGCGAAGCGUUGGAAGCUGGGCGCAUUUGUUGCAACAAGUAUUUGGUAAAGUACUGUGGAAAGGACCAGUUCCAUAUUAGAAUGCGUUUACAUCCAUUCCACGUUAUACGUAUCAACAAGAUGUUGUCGUGUGCUGGAGCCGAUAGACUUCAGACUGGUAUGAGAGGUGCUUUUGGAAAGCCACAAGGCACUGUUGCGCGUGUUCGCAUUGGACAACCCAUUAUGUCUGUGCGCUCAAGCGAUCGUUACAAGGCUCAAGUGGUAGAAGCUUUGCGUCGUGCUAAGUUCAAGUUCCCCGGUCGUCAGAAGAUCUAUGUUUCAAAGAAGUGGGGAUUUACAAAGUACGACCGUGAGCGCUACGAAGAACUUCGUGAUGACAAUCGUCUGGAGCCUGAUGGUUGCAACGUCAAAUACCGUCCCGAGCAUGGCCCGAUGGCUGCAUGGGAGAAAACUCAGCGAGAUGUUUACGCAUAAAAAUGUUUUCAAAUGUUGUUUUUCAUGAAUUGUGUAAAUCUGAAAAAUACAUUUACUGCUGACCAUA